AUGGAGCAUAAACGUAGGCUAAUGGAGCUCGAAGAAGCAUUGAGGCAGCAUGGACUAGAGCUCCGUAGUGUUUCAAGGGACGAGUAUACAUAUGAUGCAGUAAAUUGGGCUGAUUUCGUAUUUUCAGCCGGAGGUGAUGGUACAUUCCUUUUGGCCGCAAGCAAAAUCUUGCAAUCAAGUAAGCCUAUUGUUGGGCUCAACACCGAUCCACUAUGGUAA